UUCCACUUUCUGACUUCCGGCCUCGGCGGCCGGCGGAGGCGGUUGCGGACUCCAGCGCGUCCAGGGGUCCCGGGGGUUUUCGGGCGCAGCGUGGCGCCCGCGGCAGGCGGCGGCCAUGAACUUCUCCGAGGUGUUCAAGCUCUCCAGCUUGCUCUGCAAGUUCUCCCCGGACGGCAAGUACCUGGUCUGGUCUUUAGAGCAGCCCGAAUGGCACUGCAAAAUAGACGAGGGCUCGGCCGGGCUGGUGGCCUCGUGCUGGAGCCCGGACGGGCGCCACAUUCUCAACACCACGGAAUUCCAUCUGCGGAUAACCGUCUGGUCCUUGUGCACAAAAUCCGUAUCUUACAUCAAAUACCCAAAAGCUUGUCUGCAGGGAAUCACCUUCACGAGGGACGGCCGCUACAUGGCGCUGGCAGAACGGCGCGACUGCAAAGAUUACGUGAGCAUCUUCGUCUGCAGUGAUUGGCAGCUCCUGCGGCAUUUUGAUACGGACACCCAGGAUCUCACAGGGAUCGAGUGGGCCCCAAACGGCUGUGUGCUGGCAGUGUGGGACUCCUGCUUGGAGUACAAGAUUCUGCUGUACUCACUGGACGGCCGGUUGUUGUCCGCGUACAGCGCUUACGAGUGGUCCCUGGGCAUCAAGUCUGUGGCCUGGAGCCCCAGCAGUCAGUUCCUGGCAGUUGGGAGCUACGAUGGAAAGGUGCGCAUCCUUAAUCACGUGACUUGGAAAAUGAUCACGGAGUUUGGGCAUCCUGCAACCAUUAAUAAUCCCAAGAUAGUGGUGUAUAAGGAGGCUGAGAAGAGCCCGCAGCUGGGGCUGGGCUGCCUCUCCUUCCCGCCCCCCGGGGCCGGGGCUGGCCCUCUCCCGAGCUCAGAGAGUAAAUAUGAGAUCGCCUCUGUCCCAGUCUCCCUACAGACACUGAAACCUGUUACCGACAGAGCAAACCCGAAAAUCGGCAUAGGAAUGCUGGCAUUUAGUCCUGACAGCUACUUCCUGGCGACAAGGAAUGACAACAUCCCCAAUGCCGUCUGGGUCUGGGACAUUCAGAAGCUGAGGCUGUUCGCGGUGCUCGAGCAGCUGUCCCCAGUGCGCACGUUUCAGUGGGACCCACAGCAGCCGCGGCUGGCCAUCUGCACGGGAGGCAGCAGGCUCUACCUGUGGUCCCCAGCAGGAUGCAUGUCGGUGCAGGUGCCUGGGGAAGGCGACUUUGCAGUGCUUUCUCUGUGCUGGCAUUUAAGCGGAGACUCGAUGGCCCUCCUCAGCAAGGAUCACGUCUGCCUCUGCUUCCUGGAGACGGAGGCAUCGGUCAGCACAGCCUGCAGACAGCUGGGCGGCCACACGUAGCAGUGGUGCAGUAACGUGUGUGCAGAAACAGGGGCUACUCUGUGUGUUUCCAGUGUGGGAAAAAACACAGAGCUUCACCAGGAAGUUCUCCACCUGUGAUGGUCUGGAUUCAGUGAUUGAUUCUAUUUUUCUAAAGCAAAGCAUUUUUGUAAAUAUGUAUGGUAUAAAACUGUAGUUAUUAUUAUUUGAAGUAAACACUUGCUGAUUCAUACAACU